CUAGUCCCUUCCCCACUUCCUUUUCUUUUUUAUUUUUUUUAAUAACUUUUUUUGGCUAUAAAUAUAAGCAUCAAAAUCCCUACUUUCUACUCUCACAAACACAUUCUUUUUUCAUUUUCUCAGCUAUACCCUUUGCUCGCUAAAUCCAUUUCACAAGCAUCUAUUUGCUCAAACAUGAAAAUGGCUUCGUUAUUAUCCACAUUUUUGCUUGCAUUUUCCUUGCUCUUCUCAAGUCCAGCUUUUGCCAUCAGACCUCGAUACGGACGUACUCAGUUUGAAGGACUAUUGCCAAACGGCAACUUUGAGGAGCUACCAAAGAAGACCGACAUUGUGAAGACAAAGCUGAGAGGCAAAUACGCACUGCCCAAGUGGGAAAUAGACGGCCUUGUGGAGUACAUCUCCGGUGGGCCCCAACCCGGCGGGAUGUACUUCGCCGUGGCUCACGGCGUCCACGCCGUCAGGCUUGGAAACGAGGCCUCAAUCUCUCAGACCAUAAAAGUCAAAAAGGGGUCCCUUUAUGCGUUGACUUUUGCUGCCUCAAGAACUUGUGCUCAAGAAGAGGUCUUGAGAGUCUCAGCCAGUGGUCAGACCGGAGAUCUUCCAUUACAAACGUUGUACGACAGUUAUGGUGGUGACGUUUAUGCUUAUGGGUUCCGGGCUGUUAAUGAUACCGCCAUUGUGAAGUUCCAUAACCCGGGAGUUCAGGAGGAUCCUGCUUGUGGCCCACUUAUUGACGCUGUUGCCAUCAAGCAGUUCUUCCCUGUGCUUCCCACUAGAGAUAAUUUGGUCAGAAACCAUGGAUUUGAGUAUGGUCCUCAUCGGUUGUUCAACUCCUCCAACGGUGUUCUCCUCCCUCCGAAACAAGAAGACGCCACAUCCCCACUUCCCGGAUGGAUCAUCGAGUCCCUCAAAGCCAUCAAAUUCAUCAGCGCCAAGCACUUCAACGUCCCAUUUGGAAGCUACGCGGUUGAGCUUGUCGCAGGCAGGGAGAGCGCCAUAGCGCAGGUCAUCAGAACUGUUCCGGGCAAAUCCUACCUUCUCAGCUUCACCAUUGGCGAUGCAAGGAAUGGUUGCCAUGGAACCAUGGCAGUUGAGGCCUUUGCAGACAAAAGCACAGUCAAAGUGUCCCAUAAUUCCGUAGGAAAGGGAGGCGUCACAAAUGGCACUCUCAAAUUCAAAGCAGAUGCGGCCAGAACCAGAAUUACAUUCUUCAGUUCUUUCUACCACACCAAGAUUAACGACCCCGGUUCUCUUUGUGGCCCUGUCCUCGAUGAAGUUAAGGUUGCUCCUGCGCCUGUGGCGUAGAUUUCGCCAUGAAUGAGCCUACAUAUAGUAAGUAUUUAGUUGUAGAGGUUUUGGAAAGAAGGAUUUUAGUCUUAAAAGGAGUUUGUAUAUCAGGUCUUUUAUGAGAGGGGCAUGUGCUACUUUUGUAGUUUGGUGAGAGUUUGGUUCUGCCUUUUAAGCGGUGUUAUGACUCAUAUGGAGAGCUUUACUUUCCCUGGAAAAUACAGGGCAAAAUUUAAUGUGUCUUGAAGCAUGCAUUAUCCGAAUACAAAUAUUGGGUAAGGAAAUAAUUUGGCCACUUCGAUAA